GUGGCAAGGUAGACGCAUUCGUUGCAGUUCCUGGGAAAGGCGAGAGCCAGAGGCAACGGGUGAGCGGGGCGGUGGGCGCGGACCUCGUGCAGCGAGAGGCCCGCUGCCCACAUGUGCACACGCCUCCUGCUGCGAGGGACGGCUCAGCUCGCACGGGAGCCCGGCAGCUGCUUUGCUCCGGACGCCAGGGAACCUGACACCUCCCACGUGGUGGGAUACAAGCUCAUUGGUGGCACCAGCACACAAGAAAGGAACGUCCAGCCCCUUAGAGGACGCGCUGACGGCAGCAGUGACAGUAUAAAUGUCAGCGUCGCUGGCCGAAGGCAGCAGAGGCAGGGACGAAGGCCGCAGCCGCAGCUGCCGUGCCCGGCCCCAGCGAUGGAGAAGUUCAAGGCUGCGAUGCUGCUGGGGGCUGCUGGCGACGCCCUGGGCUACAGCAACUGCUGCAGGGAGAGCAGCAGCGCGGGCUCCGUGCAGAGCGAGCUGCAGCGCAGCGGCGGGCUGGACCGCCUCGUGCUCUCCCCAGAGCAGUGGCCAGUGAGCGACAACACCAUCAUGCACAUGGCCACCGCGGAGGCCCUCACCACAGACUACUGGUGCCUGGACGACCUGUACCGCGAGAUGGUGAGGUGCUACGUGGAGGUCAUCGAGAAGCUCCCAGAACGGCGGCCAGACCCAGCCACGAUUGAAGGCUGCUCGCAGCUGAAGCCAGAUAACUACCUCCUGGCCUGGCACACACCUUUCAACGAAAAGGGCUCGGGAUUCGGAGCAGCCACCAAAGCCAUGUGCAUCGGCCUGAGGUACUGGAAGCCCGAGCGGCUGGACACCCUCAUCGAGGUCAGCGUCGAGUGCGGCAGGAUGACCCACAACCACCCCACAGGCUUCCUGGGGUCCCUGUGCACAGCCCUGUUUGUGUCGUACGCCGUGCAAGGGAAGCCGCUGGUGCAGUGGGGGCGCGACAUGGUGCGGGUGCUCCCGCGGGCCGAGGACUACUGCAAGAGGACCAUCCGGCACAUGGCAGAAUACCAGGAGCACUGGUUUUACUUUGAAGCUAAGUGGCAGUUUUAUUUGGAGGAAAGAAAGAUCAGUGAAGACACAGAAAACAAAGCCGUCUUUCCCGACAAUUACGAUGCAGAGGAGAGAGACAAGACCUACAAGAAGUGGAGCUCUGAGGGCCGAGGGGGACGACGAGGCCACGACGCCCCCAUGAUAGCCUACGACGCCCUCCUUGCUGCGGGCAGCAGUUGGGACGAGCUGUGUCGCCGUGCCAUGUUCCAUGGAGGUGAGAGCGGGGCCACGGGCACGAUCGCCGGCUGCCUGUUCGGACUGCUGUACGGCCUGGACGCCGUCCCCAGGGGCCUCUACCAGGGGCUGGAGCACCAGGCACGGCUGCAGGACCUGGGCGCGGCCCUCUACCGCCUGUCCACCGAGGAGAACCCACAGAGCCGGGAGCCCGGCGGCAGGGCGGUGCCGGCGCACACGCAGCAGGGUCUGAGGAAGAGGGUCAGCAGGACCUGGGACCCCGCGGCCCGCGCCCUGCUCGGCAGCCUCCUGCUGUACCUCGCCAGCCGUGCAGACGGGCCCCUGGCAGCCGAGGGCCCGGAGCACAGAGCCGGCCGCCCGCCGGGGCCCCAGGAGGCCCAGCGACGGCCCACACGCUUCCAGCUCCUGCAGGCCAAGUUCAUGGGCUCGGGCCGAGAGCCCCACCUCAAGAGGACCCGGGAGGUGGGCCGGCUGAUCUCCAGGGACAAGCAGGGGCCGGGCAGGAGCCUGGUGAAUGCCACCAUCCAUCGGCUCCAGGAAAGCACCGGCCAAGCAGCCGGCGGCCCCGGCCAGAGGCCCCUCCCCAGAGAGAAGCCCCGCUGGGGCCCCCCGGCCGGGAAGAGCUUCGUGAAAAACAUCCUGAAGAAGUUCCUGGCGGUGGAGGAGAAGGAGGCCGGCGAGAGGCCCCCUGCGGGCCGGCCCAAGGCCCCGGGCAGGAGCUCGGCCCUGUGCCGCCUGCGGGAGAGGUUCGAGCAGAGCAGCUGCCUGUGCUCCGAGGCCGGCCUGCUGCCCCUGCGCAAGGACUCGGGCAAGAGGAAGCACCUGCAGCGCCGGAAGAUGCACAGGCCCCAGGUGCGCGUGCUGCACACGGCCACCAUGGCCAGCACCUGCCUCAGGACGCCGCCCGCCCGCUUCCUGGCCUGCACGGCCGAGCCGCUGCCCGCCCUCAGCAUCGCCACCGUGGUCUGCGGCCCCAGGAGCUGGCUGGCUCACUGCGCCAGAAUCAGCCACGCGGAGUCCCGGCGCCGGCCCGCCCAGCACCCCACGCUGCCACUGAUGGCCCACGGGGACGGCGGCCUGGCUCUGAGCACGGAGCGUGCUUCCCACGAAGGCCACGCCCUCCCCGGCCUCGUGCCUGUGCCAUCCCCAGGGGGCGCCAGGUCAGCCGCAGGAGACAGGGCAGUGGAGCCCAGGGCCGGGGGCAGCGCAGGUGCCACCUGGGAGGUGAGGGCCGGCCCAGGGGAAGCCCCCGAAGUCACCAUGACGGUGUGCAGCUCUGACGAGGAGGCCGAGGAGGCAGCCCCCGCCUGCGGAGGAGACCCUGUCUUUGCCACCCAAAAGCAUCUCCCAGAAGAGAAAGGGCUGGAACUUAUCCCCCCGCUCCAGCCGCUGGCCGUGCAGGCCACUCGGCGGACACAGUGCGCCAUGGAGUCCCCCCAGGUGACAUUGCGCCUUCCCGUCAUCCACGAGAUGCCCCCCGCCCCCCCGCAGAGCGUGGCGAGCACCCCCGGGGGAGGGCACGUGGCCGACAGUACACAGGCCGUGUUUCCCACCGUGGCCGAGGACAGGAUGGGUACCCGGGCUGCCGGGAGACCAGCUCCUGAGCAGGGGUUCCAGGCACAGCCGGCAGGCACGGCUGGGGCCGGUCCUGAGGGCCCAGGGGCAGCGCUGGGGCCAAAGGAUGCUCCCCGCGGAGGGCAGGACGGCAGGUGCAGCUGCCAGGGCCCAGGUGUGCUCGGAGGUCCUGAGUGCGCCCCCGGAGAGCGUGCUCCCGAGCUCAGCUAUGAGAAGCAUCGGUUCCCGGCCCCAAAGGAAAACCCCACAGGCAGCCAGGGUGCAGCCUCGCAUUCGCCCAGGGCCACAAAAAGCCACCCAGGAAAAAGCACCUGGCCGAGCCCCAGCAGUCAGCAUGGAGAGGCCGGGGGAGGCUCCGCGGCCCAGGACGGCCGGGGGCCGGAGGGUGUCACCACGGCUGAUGUGUGGGAGCAGGAAGAAGGCAAAAGGCCCCCAGAGACAGCACCUGCUCAGCCCCCGGGGGCUGCCCAGGGAGACGCCGGCCGUUCUGCCCAGAACAGGCUGCCCUCCUUGGACGAAGCCACGCCAGGCAGCAGAGGCUCUGGGCAGACGGCGGCCAUGGGGAACACCGAGCCUCCCGCGGUGCAGUCUCCCGGCAGCACCCAGAGCCCCGAGACCAAGACAGCAGGAGAGUGGGUGACUUUGGACAAGAAGGAAGGUGCAGCCAGGCCGGCAGGCCGUGCAGUCGGGGAGGGAAGUCGUCUGCCCCGGGGUCUUGCCCCAGAACCGGGCGGCCGCCUCCCAGGGCUGUGUGCAGCUGAAGAGAACGGCGCCCCGGAAGGCACAGGGCAGCGUUACCCCCCGGGGCCAGCACCUGCUGAGCCCCAGCUGCGUCUUUCCAAUGGGUGGGCAGCCAGCAAAAGCAGCAGAGCGUUAGGAAGCAGAAGCGAGGCCGUGGGGGAAGACUCUCGGGGUGACGGCGACCAGCCCCAGACAGCAGCUGCCAGGCACCCUGAGCCCCAGGGAGAGCACUCAGCACACGGCCUGGGCGGGCCGUGGGGACCCUUGGUGGCUGUGCAGGCCCAGGGUGGACAGCAGCCCCCUUCUGCCGCCGGGCCCUCCCAUGCACAUCUCACAGUGCCAGCCAAGGGGGCAACCAGGCAGGCAGAGGGGGCCCAGGCUGUGUUAGGGGAGGGGGCCCAGGCUGUGUUAGGGGAGGGGGCCCAGGCUGUGUUAGGGGAGGGGGCCCAGGCUGUGCAGGCAGAGGGGGCCCAGGCUGUGUUAGGGGAGGGGGCCCAGGCUGUGUUAGGGGAGGGGGCCCAGGCUGUGUUAGGGGAGGGGGCCCAGGCUGUGUUAGGGGAGGGGGCCCAGGCUGUGCAGGCAGAGGGGGCCCAGGCUGUGUUAGGGGAGGGGGCCCAGGCUGUGUUAGGGGAGGGGGCCCAGGCUGUGUUAGGGGAGGGGGCCCAGGCUGUGCAGGCAGAGGGGGCCCAGGCUGUGUUAGGGGAGGGGGCCCGGGCUGUGCAGGCAGAGGGGGCCCAGGCUGUGUUAGGGGAGGGGGCCCAGGCUGUGCAGGCAGAGGGGGCCCGGGCUGUGCAGGCAGAGGGGGUCUGGGCUGUGCAGGCAGAGGGGGCCCAGGCUGUGCAGGCAGAGGGGGUCCAGGCUCUGCCAGGGGAAGGGGCCCAGGCUGUGCAGGUAGGGAGAACCCGGGGUCAGGAGCCCCCUGUCCCCGAGGCACAUCUGACACCUGUAGCAAGUCUGGAGGCAGAGCAGACGGUUGGCCUGGAGACAGAGUGCUCGGGGAGUGCGGCCCAGACCCGGCAAGCACGGGCAGGCGUGGGGGGGCGAGAAGGUGCCCGCGGGCCAGGCGUGCGGUCGCAGCAGCCCCAGCAGCCCCGUGGUUCUGGAAAGGGGAGGGCAGCCCCUGGGGGCCGGAAGGCUGAGCCUCAGGCACCGUCAGCUCCUGGCAGGCAGGUGAGGAGCCCAGCCCAGGGAGAUGACACCCAGCGUGCAGAUGCGCCCAGAGGCCAGGCCGCCUGGGGGCAGGCCCAGGCCAGCGGGACAGCAACGCAGGCCCGGGAGCUGCCUGUCAGCAUGGUGGAAGGGCCACCCACUGCUGGCCGGCAUGAGGAAGCCCCCGGUCCCACCCCUAGAGACAGCGGCCUUGGGAGCAAGAGCACCAUGGCCUGUUCCCCAGGGCGCGAUGCUGGAGGCCACCCAGGUCCCCAGCCCCCAGCAUCGGAGGGAGCCCCAGGUGCCCAGGGGCCAGAGAGGGCCGCGAGGGCCUCAGUGGAGGGGACGCUGGGAGACGAGCGUCGGAGGUCGGUGCGCCUGGCAAAGUACAGGGCCCAGAGCUUCGGGGACCAGAGGUCCUUCGAUUUGUCUUUCAGAACCACGGUCAGGGCCCACGAGGCGUGUGAGCUCCCCAAGUGAGGCCAGCUCUGGGCCCGCAGCGUCCACUCCCAUCCCCGACGCCGCGGGCAGCCAUGUCCUCCGCUGCCGCCCUUCCCCUCCCCUGCACCCGCGCUGGCGUGGACGGAGGUGACCGGCACGGGGCCUGGAGGUCUCUCCUUGCCAGGCCCAGGUUGGUCCACCUGGAGGCAUCAGCCUCACUCCCCCAUCUGCACACGCAGAGCUCGGCAGGAGCCCCGGGGCCUCCCACUGGGGCUCCCGCUGCUCCCCUGUGGCCAACACGUAGCCAUGACACCUGGAGAGGACGGCCCCACGUCGGAGUGGGUGGGUUCGAGUCCUGGCUCUGCCACUGACAUAGCCCCUGGGAGGCAUCGGUGAGGGCUCCGUGGCCGGGCCCCUGCCACCCCCAUGGGAGACCCCACUGGAGUUCCUGGCUCCUGGCUUUGCCUGGCCCAGCCCCAGGUGUUGUACAGAUUCGGGGAGUGAACCAGCGGACGGGAUAUCUCUAUCUGCCAUUCGAAUAAAAACAGAUUAUUAACACUU